CUCGCCGCCGCCGCACGGCUCAGUCCACUCGUCGGCACCGCUGCGUGCUGUGGUCAUUCCGGCACUCGCGGCCAUCGCUUACGUACGCGCGACGCUCGUCGUCCGUCCGCCCGCUCGCUCCGAUAAUAUAAGUUAUUAUCGUCGUGUGCUUACACCAUCGAACACUUUUCCGUACAUAAUAUUAUACGAACGUACUUAUUUGUUUUUAGUUUUUUGUUUAUUUAUUUAUUAUUAUUUUUUUUUUUUUUUGUUGUAUUAUUAUUAAACUGUUUCGCUAUACCGUCUCGUCGCGGUCACUUAUGACAUUAUUCGAUAUUAAUUAUAUUUCGCGGGCACGAUAAGUCAAUUUGUUUCGUUUAUUUUUAUUUUUAUUAUUUUUUUUUUUUUAAAUUGCGUAUAACACUCCACAUUAUUUGAUUUACAAAAUUUAUCCACUGUAUAAUUAUGUGAAUUCCGCGGUCGAAAAAUGAUCGACUUCCGACUUCCGGCCAACGUUUUUCCAAAGAACCGAUCACUGUCGUCGGAGUUUAUAUGAGGAGAAAAAUUUCGUAACCAACGUGGGGGAACCGUCAAGAUUACGUUCACCAUGAGGAUUAAAAUGCCCGCAGUUCGUAUCGCUCAAGCGGAUACGGACCCGACACACAGCACCGGCGGCACCGAUCAGGUUGAUCUGCUGACGUGUGGUCAGUGUCAGAGAGUGUUCCUAUUGUCAGAUAUAUGCCGGUUCGUACAGCACAAGAUGACCGGUUGCAGCAAGGACUCGCUGGCUGCCAACUGCAACAGCAACAGUGGCGACGACUGCGCCGGACCACCGCCGCCGCCACUGCCACUAGAUAACGGUCUUUCAGCGUCUAAGUCGAAAUCACACCACCGGUCCCAGUCACCGGCUGGUGCCGACGACCCGUCUACACUCCACCAUAAUCAUCAUAAUCAUCAUCACAGACGACCACCGCCGUCAAGCACGCCCAAGCGGACGUCCGACCGGAACAACGGUGGCGAAGAUGGUGCCGCGAGUUCCGAGGACGAAAAGUCCACUGCCGCCGCCACCAAGGGCGGACGAGUAAAACAGGGAUCCGAGUCAUCUGAGGACUUGGGCUACAAAAAGUCCAACCGCUCGGCGUUGUCCUGCGUCGAUGCCGAAUCCAACACCACCAACUCAGAGCCCAGCAGUUUCGUGUGUUGCACGUGCAAGGCGAGGUUCAACUCGUCGUGGAGACUUUUGCAGCACGCCCAGACCUCGCACUCAAUGAAGAUAUACACAGACGGCACGCCGUCGCCGGUGUCGCAGUCCAAGAACAACUCGUCGUGCUCUUCGCUGGGAUCGUCCGGGUGCUCGAGCGGCAACACGUCGUCACUGCCAGGCAUGUCGGUCCUGCCGCUCUCCCUUGGCAUGCCUCCAUCCCGGAUGAACAUGCACACCCAUCCACCACCACCACCACCCCCCACGAGUACCGGGCCGCCGUCAAUGGUCGACAAUAACCCUAUGUCCAUGCCUAUGCACAACCCUUUUGCUGUUGGAGGCUUGCUUAGGAUGCCGAUGGGCGAGCCUCCCCAGCGUCCGUCCCCGUUCCCUGGGACGUCUCCCAUCGGCAACCCACCAUUGUUCGGACGGACGUCCAGUCACCACCAAGAUCACCAGUUCCGCAUGGAGCAGCUCAUGUCCGAACAGUUCAGACUCAAUCAGCAGCAGCACGGGCUGGGUUUCGCCGUGGCGGUGGCCGCGGCAAACGCCAUGCCCACGUCACCGUUCCCGGGGCUAGCCGCAGCAGCCGCAGCCAACGACCGGAACAAUCCUAGACACCCAGCGCCAACGUUACCGGCCUUAAAUCUCGAUCCGCAGAUGGAUUUUUACUCGCAGCGAUUGCGGCAACUCGCAGGUACCACUAGUCCUGGAGCUGCUACUGCACCAAGUUCGUCGCCUUCGCCGCGAAAAAUGACGCCACCCUUUAGCAGCCCCAACAACAACAACAACAACAACAACAACAAUCAUAUCAACAAUAGCGUCUCAGCAACAACGGUCCCGACUGUAACGCCACAGACGAACACUACUGUCGCCUCAGCAGUCACCGUCGGCUUGAACAACAAUAACAAUAACAACAGCAACGUGAGCAACAACAAUUCGGUCGAGUCACUAUCCGAACAAGACCGGAUCGCCGGCGAUGCGUCCAGACACACGCUUGACCUGUCGUCCAACGCGUCCAAGGACAAGACGUGCCAAGACAUAACCAGUCAACCACAGCUGAUUGGUGAGGAAGAGAAGACUCGUGAGUGUGAAUACUGCGGAAAGAAGUUCCGGUUCCUGAGCAACUUGAUAGUGCAUAGGCGUACGCACACCGGCGAAAAGCCGUACAAGUGUUCAGUGUGCGACCACGCGUGUACGCAGAGCUCCAAGUUGAAGCGGCACAUGAAAACGCAUCGCCGGUCGAACCGGGGAAACGGGCUGGCCGGUGGCGAGUGUGGGACGACCACCAAUGGGGUGGAUACGAGCUCGACACCGGACUUAACAUCCAACGAUGAUGACGAGGACGAUUCUGAAAUAGAUGACGACGAAGCGGAAAUCGAGGAAGAAGAUGACGGUGACGAGGACGAUGCUGAUGAGGAUGAUGCCGACGAGGACGAUGGUGACGAUGAUGACGAGGAAGAAGAGGAGGAGGAUAUGGAGUUGGAAGACGAGGACAACGACGAGAACGAUGAGGGCGGCGACGUGCCGGAGGACUUGACGACCAAGUCGACAUCGUCGGCCGAACACGACAAGAAGCCGGGCGGCAACAGUUCCAAUCGCACGUCGCCCGAGAACACGCCCGGUGACCGUAUACCGCAACCACUACCACCGAGCUCUCUCGUUGGCGAGCUCAUGAGCAAAUUCGGUCUGAGCAAUAUCCAACAGUACAGCGAAGCGUACAAGCAAGCGCUCAAGGAGUCGUCUUCGCUGCUUCCACCACAGUUCCGGAUCCGGCGGAAGGACAACUUCCGGCUGUCUCCGUCCAUCAUACCGGACAACAACAACAGUUCGACAAAGUCAGCGAACCCGUUGCGCAACCUGGAGAACGGACUUGUCGACAAGACGGCGGCGGAUAUCCGGUUCCGCGAGGAGCUCACCAAGAAUCUGAUCGCCGCCGGGCAAAACCCGCUUGAUCUGGUUGGCGCGCACCACAGCAUCUUUGGGCCGGGUUCCGCGUUCGAGAAUCCGUUCGAUCCGGCCUCCAAGAGGCUGAAGCUGGACACCGACAAUCCGCAUCACCCACUUCUCACCCGAGAACGGCUGUACGCGGCGAACAUGUGGCUUCCGGCCAUAGCGGCGCACCACCGGGGCGAGUCGUUCCUAAGCGGACUUCCUGGAAAGCCACCGUCGGCCGGAAGCGGUGUCGGUGAACCGGGUAGCGGCGGCGGCGGUGGUAGCGGCCGCUCGAAACCCGGUCCCAGUUCGCUGUCCGCGGCCCUUAACCUGGGCCUACAGGGGGCGCACUCAAAAAAAGAGUCGCGGCGAAACGACACGUGCGAGUAUUGCGGCAAGGUGUUCAAGAACUGCAGUAACCUGACGGUGCACCGGCGGUCGCACACCGGCGAAAAACCGUACAAGUGCGAGUUGUGCUCGUACGCGUGUGCCCAGAGCUCCAAGCUGACCAGGCACAUGAAAACUCACGGCCGCCUGGGCAAGGACGUGUACCGAUGCCGGUUCUGCGAGAUGCCGUUCUCGGUGCCGUCCACACUCGAGAAGCACAUGCGCAAGUGCGUCGUCAACCAGAACAUCAAGCUGGAGGGCAGCCAAUACAUCAAAAUGGACGACGGUUCGAAGACCGCGGAAUCCGGCGGCGCCGGUGGUUACAUCUUGCCGUCGUCCAUGGUCGACGACGAGUCGUACAGCAGUUCGGCCGUUUCCAAGGACAACACAUGACUCUUCCCAUGGAGGGGUUUCAGCCCCCUCCCCGUACAGAGUACGACGAUAUACUGACGGCGGAUGCCGAGGAGCACAUAGUCCACUGCACAGAGAAUCGACGAAAAACCAAUUUUAUUAUAUUUAAUAACGAUGUCUACUAUUAGAUCAUACUCGACACGCAUAUUUUAAUAUUAUGUAAGUGCGUUAAGAAAUAUAUAUAUAAAUAGAUAAUUUACAAAAUACAAAUAGAUCUCGAAAAACAUUUAUAUGACGAUAAUAUUUUUGUUUUGACCAUACAGUUUCAUGUGUUUUUUUUUUAUUUAGUUACCGUUUCACUAUAACUCUUUUUUGAAAAAAAAAAAAUCUAUAACAUUGUUAUUAUAAACCACGCGGAAAACAAGACGUCUUCUCCGCCGAUCGUCUUUCUAUCGUGUACCGCUACAACACCUCUGUAUAGGUCUGGUGUAAAUACAGUCUUGUUUUAAUUUAAUUUUACAUAUAUAUAUAUAUUUUUUUUUUUUAAUCUUCCUUUAUCUGUUCGUAUAAGGCUAUAUAUUAUACCCACGGUUAAACGGCAUAACAUCGAUUCGCUCAAAACAAUAUUAUGCUAACUGAAAACGACGUACCAUUCCAAAUGCCUAUCUACUACUAUAUAUAUAUAUACUAUACGGUUUUCGCGUUCACCGGACGUUGUACAGUUUGCGUCUAUUUUUUUUUUUUUUUUUAACUUAAUUUUCUUUCGCGCCAAUUCCGUUUCAACGAAAGUACCUCCUACAUUCCCGAGAGAUCAUCACGAGUUCCACACCGAAGACUGCAUUUUUCGAGUUCACAUAAUCAUUAUUAAAGUUUUCCAACCGCUUUAUACAUACGCGUCACGUUUACGUGUAGACCGAGUGGAUGCGCGUGAUUAUGUGAAGGAAAAACGAUAUUGUAAAUGAUAAUAAUUGUAUUAAUAUUAUACGAUAUUAUCUCGAUAUACAUUCCCAGAAAAUUUGUAAAUAUAAAUAACGUGUCGAACACAUCAUGUAUUAUAAUAAAAAACAAUAUAUAAGUCCCA